AUACAUUUUAAACGCGUCCGCCGAGAAAGACAGGCCACUUCUUCAGCCAUCCAAACCAGUCAGUUCGAUCCUCGCUCGCUCGCUCGCCAGUGUUAAUACCUACCCACUAGUUGUGCUGUGCUGUGCCUGUUGUGUGUGAGUGAAGUGAAAAUCGUGAGUGAGAAGCGGUAGAAAGAAGGAGGAAAAGUCCCACAUUUUCCCCGAGUCGAACAAGCAGCAGCAGUAGCACCAGGCGGCCCUAGCCAUCCCGAGAAUUGAUUUUUCUUGUUCCUGUUCCAGAAAAUCGGUUCCCGAUUCGGUCGUUCCCUGUUCCCGACUGUUCGAUCUGUAGAAAGAAAAGGGGGCUCGAUGCUGUUGGGUUUUCCGAGUGUGUGAAGGGGAUGGAUCUGUGGAAAAUCGCCUUUUCCUAGAAGGAGCGACGAGAGCGGGACGAGUUUUCCUUUUUUUCUUUUCGGUGUGCUGUGAGCAGUGUCAAGAAUCGAAGCGCGUCAAGUGGUGCGGUCGAGCGCAAAGGCCUACUCUACUCUACUCUACUCUACCUUUCCCGAUCGUAGUAGGCGAAAAACUAACAAAAGUUGUGUUGCGAUAUUUCGAAGAGUUGUAUUUUCCUUUUGUUGCGAAAACCGAAGUGCGUGCUUUUUUCAGUGUUUGGGUGUGAAGUGUGAAAAGCGCGUGUGAGGAAUCAGAAGAAAUCGGCCGAAGGAAGGAAGUGAGGCAAGCGUAUCGUUGCCAAAGUGGGGUGGGUUGGAAAAGUGGCGGGGCAAUACAGGCAAAAGCAGCAGCAGGCAGUGCGGAUCGAUUGCCAAAGGAUUAACGUACUACACACAGGAACGGCAGCAGCAGUGGGACGAGGUGGAGGAGGAGGAGACGGUUCCCGAGUUGGACGCAAAAACGGAGCACUUUUGCACCAGUCAGCAGCGGCAGGAACAGCAGGAGAAUCACCAGGAGUGCUGUUAUGCCUUGCUACGCUUGAACCAAAAUAUUUACCCGCACAUCUCUGGUGGAUUGCAGUGCUGCUUCGGACGAGGACAUCGAACGGAUCAACAACAGCAAGAGGGGCAGGUAGUAACAGGAACCGCACCGGACGAAUUCCUCCAAGUGGGGUGGUCGUCCGGGUUUAGAGAAGACGAAGGAGCUACCGCAGUGGCUGCAGCCUCAACGGCACAAACGACAAGGUUUAGCCAGCGUCUGCCGCCGUCGCACUUCAGUGCCUACUUCGAAUCCGGCGCUUCCCGUUACGGCAGCUCCAACGUCACGAUGGAUGAGAACGAGGUGAUGGCGGCAUACCUGUGGAGCAAGCAGUCCCAGGACCUGUACGCAAGUCAUGGCCUAAAGGACCUGCACCAUCUCCAUCAGGACUUCAUCAUCAACGACUACACCGACAAGAUUGCCACCAACAUCGACCUGCUGGAUACGGAGCUCAAGUUCGCCUGGGCUGCGCUGAAUCUGCUGAACGAAGAGUACACUAAGAUGGCGGAGAAGGUCUUCAAGUUGCAGUCGUUGAACGUCUCCCAGCAGCGCAUCGUGCAGAAUCUGCAGUUCAUGGAGGAGAACAGGAAGGCCUAUCUGGACAUGAUACCGGACUACGCCAAGCACCAUGAGUAUUCUCUGCAGGAGCAGUCGCGACUGCAGGAAGAACUAGAAUACCGGGAUUGCAUUGAUGAGGCCUAUCUGCACCACCAGCAGCAACAGCAGAUGCCACCGUAUCCACCCUACGAUGUUGGAUGGCGAUUCAAUCCGGCGACGAUGCCCGAGGAGAUGGCCAUUCACGAUCCCGAAUACUGGUUGAUGCGGAGGAACCUGUCCAAUAUUCCGGAAGAACAAGCAGCCCAAGCAGCUCCUCGCUAUCCGCAGCAGAUGUCGACGAACCCGUUCCUGCAGACGGUUGAAGCCGCGAAUGGCGGAAUCCUGCGAGAGAUCGAACCGGCGAACGACGCGGCGAUGAUCGAGGAGCAGCUGAGGGCUUCGUUUCUGAACCACUCCCAGCAGCUUGAGCUGGAAUACGGAUUGCCAAUGGCCAAGCAGUUCGUGGCCGAGCGAAUCGAAAAACUCGAGGACGCCGACGUCAAGCAGUUGAUUACGCGGGUAAUGGACGAUGAGGAUGUGGCGUCGCUGAGCAGCGAGGAGGUCGAGAAGGUGAGAACGUUCAUGGCGAAGAACUGUGGUGAUUUACGAGAGGUGUUUGCGGAGGAGUUUUCGCCACUGGCCAAGGAUACCAAGGGCGGGGAGAAGCUGAUUUCGCAAAACAAACUGAGCGGGGUCAGUCCGAAGAAGGAGUUUAACAAGUACAUCCAUCUGCCCAAUGCAGAAGGAAUUGCUUCGCUAAACAACGAUGACCUUCUGACGGUGGAUAAUGGGACAAUCAGCAUCCAGGAUAGCAGCAGUGGAAACAAUGACAACGAAUUUAAGCUCAAGCUGAACACGGUCCAUCCAGCGAAUGGGAUGGGAGGAGUUUCGCCAAAGAAAUUGAUGGAAUUUUCACCAUUUGGGAUGCAGAAGUGUCUGGUGCGGGAAGCAAAGGAAAACAACGUCGAUGUACCGGGGAUGAUGCAUUUUUCGGACAAUUUGAUGAACAAGCCUAGUUUUGCGGAUUUGAUGAACAGUAAACCGUGCGCGGAAACUUCGAUGACGUUUACAAACAUGAACGGGGAGACGGAGUCGAUCUUCAGCCAGAGCUUUAAGGAGGCAGUGGAGGCAAAAUUAGCAGGACAGGCGGUGCAGAUGGCAGGCAAUAUGAUCAAUCUAGGUGAACCCCUUCCACCGUUUCCAAACGUGCCGAUGAAACCUAACAUAAGUGAAGCCCUGGAAGCAGCAACAGUACACGGCAUCACCACCGAAGCUAGACGACCAAGCGUUACGGAAGCAUCUGCCGUAUUGAUAGCUCCGGAAGCUCGCCGGCCGAGCAUAGUUGACCAAGUACUCCCAUCAUUAGCUAGGAAACCAAGUAUAACCGUCGCUUCGGAUAUGCCUCGAAAACCAAGCAUUACAGAUGCAUCCGAACCGUCGAUGUUCGCGGUGGUUCCCCGUAGGCAAAGCGUAGCCGAACCACCGGUAACUACCCCGAUCUUCCAAACCAUCGCGAGAAAGUCUAGCGUAACGGAAACUGCCUCGAGCCCUCCGAUGUUUACACCGCUACCCGGGCAGACCACCAUCACCGACACCCCGGAAAUGCAAGCCAUCUACGAAUCACUGUCGCGGAAAUCCAGUCUACCAACUCUAGGUGAUGGGACGUUCUUCCCCUCGCUGGAUAUCACUGACUCAGGAUUUGCUGAUUCUACCGAUGGAAUGUCUAUGUUUCCAACCAUGCCAUUAAAUCUAUCGUCAAUCGACGCUCCGGUGAGUUUGCCGGAUUUCUCUACCCUGUCAACGAUCUCCAACAUCCCAGAGACUUCGGAAGCUUCCUCAUUCCUUCACAUGUCCAUGAAUUCGUCCGGAAUUAGUGAAGCGUCCGACAGUAUCACUCUUCCACCGGUGACAACGUCCGCACCAUCUGCGACUGCCAUAAUAUCUGCUCUCUCUAGCCAACUGAACCAAACCACCGCAGCCAUAUCGAAGGAAGUCCUCCAACCCCAAGAAAAGAUAUCUUUACCACCCAUAUCAGCAGCUCCAGCCACCAUAGCUGCCCUAGCUGAUAGUAAACCGAUCGCGCAGGCUACAGCGCCUCCCCCGACGACCGUAGCCACUUCGACCACUUCCAUCAAUGGGGAUGUGAAGCCGAAACCCGUGGUCAGUCAAGCGCCUACUCCGGCACCCGUUGUAGCCCAGGCCAUCGUUAAACCGGUGCAGUCUAUGGCUCCAGUGACUGUUCCCGUAUCAGUCUCGGCACCGGUUCAGAAGCCACCAGCUCCCCAAUCCCAACAAGAACAACAACAACAACAACAACAGCAACAACAACAAAAACAACAACAACAGCAACAACAACAACAGCAACAACAACAACAACAGCAACAACAACAACAGCAACAACAACAACAACAACAACAGCAACAACAACAACAACAACAACAGCAGCAACAGGAAUCCAAGGGCAGUGGCUUCUUUCAAACCUCCACCGCCAACACCAACCUCUUCGGAGGCUUUUUCAACAAGGCCAAGAACCUCACCCACCAGGAAAGUUCGGACAGCAUCAUUGGUGCCAAAUCCAAAUCGUUCUUCGCCUCCAUGAAAAACUCCUUCUCGCUCGACUCCAGCAAGCAAUCCACAGAGGAACCACAGCAACCGCCUCAGCAACAACAGCAGGUUCCUCCGCAAGCCACGCCUCCUUCGAGUGCCACUUCUUCGAUCGCCGGUCAACACCAGCUGUCGCCUCCGUCAGCAGCAGAAGAAACCAUCAUCACCACUACUCCACCCCUACAAUCUCCGGCAGAUGUAGCGCAGGCUCAGUACCUGCAGGAGUUAUCCCCUUCCCAAGAGCAAUCACAGUAUUCGCCAGGCGAUCAGCAACAGCAACAGCAACAGCAGUCUCCGUACGGGACGGCUUCGGAGUUUCCGAUACUAAACGAUAGCACAACGAUCAACGCACAAACACAGGAACAGCCGUUUCCGGAAGGAGAUGAACAUAUGGUGCCUUUGCCGAUAGAGGGUGAAGAUGAAGCACCGAAAGCGCCUGCGCACCGGAAGCAAAGCUUGUUUCGAGCGCAAAGCAGUGAGGGAUCGAUGGAUGGUGAAGGUAGUAAGUGGAAACUGCUCAAGACAUUGAAGGAGAAGCGUAUCGAGGAGAAGCAGAAGGUAUCGGAUGUGGGAGACGAUGAGGAGCCAGGUAUUUUCAAAAAGGUUGACGUUGGCGGUAAGGAUGAGCCGGAGGUAAUUCAGAACGAUAAGCGCAAUGGAACUACUGACAGUGGACGAGGCAACGGAAUGGGAGACAAUACGUUCUACAGCAACAUCGACAGUAUGCCGGAUAUCCGUCCCCGGCGGAAGUCGAUCCCGCUGGUAUCGGAAUUGGUAAGUAUCACGAUGGCAGCUACGAAACGCCAGGCAGCUGGACUCACUUCAGUCGUACGGGCCACCUUGAAUGACGAAGAACUGAAAAUGCACGUCUACAAGAAGGCCCUGCAGGCGUUGAUCUACCCGAUCUCGUCGACGACACCGCACAACUUCGUACUGUGGACAGCGACUUCCCCGACCUACUGUUACGAGUGCGAAGGACUGCUGUGGGGUAUCGCCCGGCAAGGUGUUAGAUGUACGGAAUGUGCCGUCAAGUGCCACGAAAAGUGCAAAGACCUGCUGAAUGCCGAUUGUUUGCAAAUGUGCUUUGCGGGUGCUUCCGAGAAGAGUUCCAAACAUGGUGCCGCCGAGGAUAAGGCAAAUUCUGUGAUCGCAGCGAUGAAGGAGCGGAUGAAGCAACGGGAACGGGACCACCCGGAGAUCUUCGAAGUGAUCCGAAAGGUGUUCAACGUGGAGGAGAAGAGCCACGCGGGUCACAUGAAGGCGAUCAAGCAGAGCGUACUGGACGGUACGAGUAAAUGGUCUGCCAAGAUCGCCAUCACUGUGAUCUGCGCUCAAGGUCUGAUUGCUAAGGACAAGAGCGGUACCAGCGAUCCGUACGUCACCGUUCAGGUGAGUAAGGUGAAGAAGCGUACCCGAACAAUGCCGCAGGAGCUGAACCCGGUGUGGAACGAGAAAUUCAACUUCGAGUGCCACAAUUCUUCCGAUCGUAUCAAGGUGCGCGUGUGGGACGAGGACAACGAUCUGAAAUCGAAACUGCGACAAAAGUUGACCCGCGAAUCGGACGACUUCCUGGGGCAGACAAUCAUCGAGGUGCGAACACUGUCCGGCGAGAUGGACGUGUGGUAUAAUCUGGAGAAGCGAACGGACAAAUCAGCGGUGUCGGGUGCUAUUCGGUUGCACAUUUCAGUGGAGAUCAAGGGUGAGGAGAAGGUCGCUCCGUAUCACGUGCAGUACACCUGUCUGCACGAAAACGUGUUCCAUUAUCUAUGCGAAGAGGCGUUCGGAGCGGUCAACCUACCGCAAACCAAAGGCGACGACGGGUGGAAGAUCUACUUCGACGAAACGCCCGAGGAGAUAGUGGACGAGUUCGCGAUGCGGUACGGUAUCGAAAAUAUCUACCAAGCGAUGACGCACUUCCAUUGCCUAUCGACCAAGUACCUGUGCGCGGGCGUCCCGGCAGUGAUGAGUACCUUACUAGCGAAUAUUAACGCUUACUACGCACACACGACGGCAUCGACUGCCGUAUCGGCCAGUGAUCGCUUCGCUGCUAGCAACUUUGGCAAAGAGAAAUUCGUUAAACUACUAGACCAGCUGCACAACUCUCUCCGUAUUGACCUAUCGAUGUAUCGCAACAACUUCCCCGCUUCCAGCCAAGAGAAACUGAUGGACCUCAAGUCCACGGUCGAUCUGCUAACCAGUAUUACAUUUUUCCGCAUGAAGGUACAAGAAUUGUCGAGCCCACCUAGAGCUAGCACGGUAGUUAAGGACUGCGUUAAGGCUUGUCUACGCUCAACGUAUCAGUUUUUGUUCGAGAACUGUUAUGAGUUGUAUAAUCGAGAAUUUCAGGUCGACCCGAACGAAGCGAAACGGGAGGGCGAAGACCACGGACCAAAACUAGAGAAUGUUGACUUUUGGCACAAACUAAUCGCACUUAUCGUAUCAGUAAUAGAGGAGGAUAAGAAUAGUUAUAGCGCAGUGCUUAAUCAAUUCCCACAGGAGCUUAAUAUAGGACAGGUCUCCGCCGCAACAAUGUGGAGCCUGUUCGCUAUAGAUAUGAAGUACGCACUGGAAGAGCACGAACAGCACCGCCUGUGUAAAUCAUCCGCUUACAUGAACCUGCACUUCAAGGUCAAAUGGCUGUAUACGAACUACGUGAAGGAAGUCCCACCGUAUAAGGGCGCCGUGCCUGAAUAUCCGGCCUGGUUCGAGCCGUUCGUGAUGCAGUGGCUUAACGAGAACGAUGAUGUCUCGCUCGAGUACCUACAUGGCGCCUUCAAGCGUGACAAGAAGGACGGGUUCCAAAAGAGCAGUGAGCACGCACUGUUCUCCAACUCCGUCGUGGACGUGUUCACGCAGUUAACACAGUGCUUUGAUGUAGUUAGCAAACUGGACUGCCCGGAUCCGGAGAUCUGGAAGCGGUACAUGCGACGAUUCGCCAAAACAAUAGUGAAAGUUUUGCUCGCUUACGUAGAUAUAGUUAAAACCGAAUUUCCCGAUAUCAUGCAUGAGGAGAAAACGGCUUGUAUUCUGAUGAACAAUAUCCAACAACUUCGGGUCCAAUUGGAGAAGAUGAUCGAAUCGAUGGGUGGUGAGAAACUGGAGGAGGACGCAGCCAACAUCCUGAAGGAGCUGCAGCAGAAUUUGAAUACCGCGCUGGACGACCUGGCUACGCAGUUUGCCGUGAGCUUGGAGCCACGCAUUACCGGUAGCGUUCGGGAACUGGGAGAUCUGCUGCAGCAAGUCAAACAGCAAACCUCCCUAUUCCACGCGCCACCCACCGACGAUGCCAACAUAAUUGCCAUGGAAGCGGACGAAGUUCUGCGGCCUUUGAUGGACCUCCUCGACGGUUCGCUCUCGAUGUACGCCCAGUCCUGCGAGAAGACUGUGCUGAAGCGGCUGCUCAAGGAACUGUGGAAGAUUGUCAUCCGAACGCUGGAGAAGACCAUCGUGCUGCCGCCGAUGACGGACAAAACGAUGGUCUUCAAACAUCUAACCGACAACGCCAAGAACCUGGCAGCCAACGCUAAGAUCGAGGACAUGUCCCGGUUGAUCAAGAAUCACAUGGCGGGUAAACCGGACGCCAAGAACGUGCUCAGUGGAGUGAUGGAUAUCUCCAAGGAAGUACGUCCAAAUAUCGAGAAGAAUCUAUCACCGAAGCAGUGCGCCGUUCUGGAGGUCGCCCUGGACACCAUCCAGCAGUACUUCCACGCCGGUGGCAAUGGACUGAAGAAGCCAUUCCUGGAGAAAUCAUCCGAACUGCAGAGCCUGAAGUACGCCUUGAGUCUGUACACGCAGACGACGGAUACGUUGAUCAAGUCGUUCGUUUCCGGACAAGGGGCAUCCGAAGAGGGUGGAAUCAAUCACGAAGAUGCCUCCGUCGGGGAAGUUUCGAUCCAAAUCGACGUCUCGUCCAACCCGGAGAACGGUGAACAGAAGAUUUCCGUCAAAGUCAUCGCCGCCAACGAUCUGAAGUGGACCGUCCCGUCCGGCAUGUUCCGGCCGUUCAUCGAGGUGAACCUGAUUGGGCCACACCUGAACGACCGGAAGCGCAAGUUUGCCACCAAAUCGAAGUCCAACAACUGGUCGCCGAAGUACAAUGAAUCGUUCCAUUUUGUCAUUGGCAAUGAGGAGCAGUUGGAGUUCUUCGAAUUGCACAUCUGCGUCAAAGAUUACUGCUUUGCCCGUGAGGAUCGCCUGGUGGGGGUCGCAAUCCUGAAGCUGAAGGACGUUGUCGAUCAGGUAUGUUGUUUGUGGUGUUUUGCGAGUUGCGUGAGUGAGAUGGAUGGAUGGAAAAUGGAAGAAUACCAUCGACUGCCCCUUCUUCUAGUUUUCAAAAUGACGUCCAAGCAAGAGGAGCAGCGUGUCAAGAUUUUGCUCGCGCAGCAAGAGAAUCCGACGCUCUCACACGUCAAGUUGGCAAAAUUGCUGGAUGUGGCCAAAUAG